AUAAUAAAAAAAAAAAACAGCCAAUUAUCAGUUCUACUCCCACCUUAAAAACCAUCCUCUGCAGAACCAAAAGAAAACAAACUCCUCUAAGCAGUUCUUGCCGACCGUUAAACAAACUCCUCUCAGCCCUUUUAAAACCCCGCCUCACAACACGAAUGCAUGCCUUCAUCCUCCUCACUUCCCAGAUUCAAUCAUCCAACAAGUGAAGCCAAAAAAAAAAGAAAAAAACAAAAUGGCAGACCUCGAAAAUCACAGCGAGAAUCAAAAGCAGCCUCUUCUAAACAUAAACGCAUUGGCACAAAACCAAAAGAACCAGGCACACAAAGCCAUUAACCAAACCUUUCAAAGCACCGCGCAUCUGGCCAACUUACUCCCCACAGGAACAGUGCUUGCCUUCCAGCUCCUCUCCCCCAUCCUCGCCAACCAGGGCAAGUGCACUUCUGCUAACAGAUUCAUGACCGCAUGCCUGCUCGUCAUGUGCAUUUUCUCAUGUUUCAUACUCAGCUUCAGCGACAGCUUCCGGGACUCCGCCGGCAACGUGCAGCACGGAAUAGCCACCUUCACUGGUUUCUGGGUUGUAGAUGGCCCUGACCCGCUUCCAGCGGAAACUGCGAGGAAAUACAGGAUAAGGUUCGUUGACUUUAUCCACGCUUUGAUGUCCGUAAUGGUUUUCAUUGCGGUCGUGCUGGUCGAUCAGAAUGUGGUGGUGUGCUUCUAUCCGUCGCCUUCAGAAGAUGUGAAGCAGAUAGUCACGGCUCUACCAGUUGCAAUUGGGGCAAUUUGCAGUGUGAUGUUUAUUGCGUUUCCGACCACUCGCCAUGGAAUUGGUUUUCCUCUUUCAGCUCAGUGAUGGCUAUGAAAACCAGAAGGAAACUGUAGACAUUUGAGGUUUAAGGAAUUCUGAAGAAGGUUUUCGCAUUAUUUUGAUAAAGCAUCAGACAAAUAGAAAGACAAAGAUGGCUGAGAAAAUUAGAUUAGUGCUUGCAAUAAAUUAUGAUGUAACAAUUAAGCUAGUGCUAUGUGCUGAACUCUCAUUUCUAAUGCUGAUAGGAUAGCUCACUGUAUUGGUAAUGACAUAUAAUUGAAGAAAUUAUUCCUUUGUUGCGAAGUAACACUUCCUUUUCGUAUAUCUUUACACAAUUAGUUCAUGACACAACAAAUGCAGUUAAUAUAAAAAGGUCCUAGGAAGGGAAUGGAGAAAAUAAACAGAAGAC